CCCCUGGUUCCGCUCUUAGGCAGCCGCGAUCCUGAAGGUAGCAGGCGAGGACCGAGACACUGAUAGGUACAAGGGAAUCAGACGCUUUGGGCGACUGGCCCCACACAACCUGGAGCUUUUAAACAAAGCUGCGCGCAGAGAACCGCGUGGAAGUGCCACUUUGAGACUUUGUGCUGGGAAAUGUGAGAAGGAGCUCCGAAGGGCAGAGGUUCAAGAUGUUGAAAGCCCUUUUCCUAACUAUGCUGACUCUGGCGCUGGUCAAGUCACAGGACACCGAAGAAACCAUCACGUACACGCAAUGCACAGAUGGAUAUGAGUGGGAUCCUGUAAGACAGCAGUGCAAAGAUAUUGAUGAAUGUGACAUUGUCCCAGACGCUUGCAAAGGUGGAAUGAAAUGUGUCAACCACUAUGGAGGAUACCUCUGCCUUCCUAAAACAGCCCAGAUUAUUGUCAAUAAUGAACAGCCUCAGCAAGAAACACCAGCAGCCGAAGCUGUAGGUGCAGCUGCAAAUGCAGCCGCAGCCUCGGGUGCAACCCCUGGGAGUGUAGCAGCCAGUGGCAUGGCAGCCACUGGAGUGAUGCCUGGGGGUGGUUUUGUUGCCAGUGCUGCUGCUGAAGUGCAGACUGGCCGAAAUAACUUUGUCAUCCGGCGGAACCCAGCUGACCUUCAGCGCAUUCCCUCCAACCCUUCUCACCGGAUCCAGUGUGCAACAGGCUAUGAGCAGAGUGAGCAUAAUGUGUGCCAAGACAUAGAUGAGUGCACUGCAGGGACACACAACUGUAGAGCCGACCAAGUGUGCAUCAACUUACGAGGUUCCUUUGCCUGUCAGUGCCCUCCGGGGUAUCAGAAGCGAGGAGAGCAGUGUGUAGAUAUAGAUGAAUGCACCAUCCCUCCAUAUUGCCAUCAAAGAUGUGUGAACACACCAGGAUCAUUUUAUUGCCAGUGCAGUCCUGGGUUUCAGUUGGCAGCAAACAACUAUACCUGCGUAGACAUAAAUGAAUGUGAUGCCAGCAAUCAAUGUGCUCAGCAAUGCUACAACAUUCUUGGUUCAUUCAUCUGUCAGUGCAAUCAAGGAUAUGAGCUAAGCAGCGAUAGACUCAACUGUGAAGACAUUGAUGAAUGCAGAACCUCAAGCUACCUGUGUCAAUAUCAAUGUGUCAAUGAACCGGGGAAAUUCUCAUGUAUGUGCCCCCAGGGAUACCAAGUGGUGAGAAGUAGAACAUGUCAGGAUAUAAAUGAGUGUGAGACCACAAAUGAAUGUCGGGAAGAUGAAAUGUGUUGGAAUUAUCAUGGCGGCUUCCGUUGUUACCCACGAAAUCCUUGUCAAGAUCCUUACGUUCUAACAUCAGAGAACCGAUGUGUUUGCCCAGUAUCAAAUGCGGUGUGCCGAGAACUUCCCCAGUCCAUAGUCUACAAAUACAUGAGCAUCCGAUCUGACAGGUCUGUGCCAUCAGACAUCUUCCAGAUACAGGCCACAACUAUAUAUGCCAACACUAUCAAUACUUUUCGGAUUAAAUCUGGAAAUGAAAAUGGAGAGUUCUACCUAAGACAAACAAGUCCUGUAAGUGCAAUGCUUGUGCUGGUGAAGUCACUAUCAGGACCAAGAGAAUAUAUCGUGGACCUGGAGAUGCUGACAGUCAACAGUUUAGGAACCUUCCGCACAAGCUCAGUGUUAAGAUUGACAAUAAUAGUGGGGCCAUUUGCAUUUUAGUCUUUUUAAAGAGUUCACUAUAGGCUUUUAAAUCAGCCAAAGAAUAUUGUUACCUUAAAGCACUAUUUUAUUUAUAGACAUAUCUAGUACAUCUACAUCUAUAUACUGUACACUCACCAAUAAUUCAAACAAUUAUACCAUGGUAUGAAGUGGGCAUUUAAUCUGUAAAGAUUCAAAGUUUGUUUUUAUUACUUAUGUAAAUUAGACAUUAAUCCACUAAACUGGUCUUCUUCAAGAGAGCUAAGCGUACUCUAUGUGGUGAAACUUGGAUUCUUUUCUGUAAAAGUGGGACCAAGCAAUGAUUAUUUUCUGCGGUGCUUAAGGAAACUUACUAAAGCUCCACUGACAGUCUUAUAAGGAGGCAGCCAUCAUUAACAUUGAAUAGCAUGCAAGUUCAAGAAUGAGUUUUUUAACUGCUUUGUAAGAAAAUGGAAAAAGUCAAUAAAGAUAUAUUUCUUUAGAAAAUGAG